UACAAAAUUUAUGGAUGAAAGAAAAUAUUCCAAAUGGACCAAAUCUAUUAAAGAUUACAUAGUGAUGCCUAGCUGGUGCUUUUAUCGGAAUUCAAGGGCAUUACGGUAAAAUAUCACAUAUGGUCUGAAAAAAAAACAGUUUGUGUGGGGAGGAGCGAGCAGAGUCGGUUCACGUGAAAGCACAGAGACAUAAAUCUUUCUUUCACAGCCUAAAACCCCUAAAAAUGUCUAAUCUCUCUUCUUCUUCUCCGUUUCUCUUUAGAUUAUCUCAACCAUACAGCCAUAAAUCCAUCGGAAGAGGAGGAAGAUAAUGCAAGAAUCAGUCGCUGAGUCUGAAUCUGAAGGGGAAGAGUUGCACAAUAAGCUCAAGCUCCUCUUCAAUGGCUUUCACUAGCAUGGUUUCCACCGUUCCUGUUCUCUUCUUCUUCUUCACUCUUCUUUUGAUUUCUGCGAAUUCGUCGUCUUUAUCUCACAACAUUAAGGUUCAGGAACAAGACAAAGAUCCCUUCGUUGGUUUCAACAUCGGCACAGAUGUCUCUAAUCUUCUCUCGCCGACGGAAUUAGUCAAAUUUCUCCAAGCUCAGAAAGUAAAUCACGUCCGAUUAUACGAUGCUGAUCCAGAAUUGCUCAAAGCAUUAGCUAAAACCAAGGUACGAGUCAUAAUCAGUGUACCAAACAAUCAGCUUCUCGCUAUUGGAUCAUCCAACAGUACUGCUGCGUCAUGGAUUGGUAGAAAUGUUGUUGCUUAUUACCCUGAAACAUUAAUCACAGCCAUUUCUGUUGGAGAUGAGGUUUUAACAACUGUGCCUUCUUCAGCUCCUUUGCUUUUACCUGCUAUUGAGUCUUUAUACAAUGCUCUUGUUGCUUCUAAUCUCCACACUCAAAUCAAGGUCUCUACGCCUCACGCAGCUUCCAUCAUGCUCGAUACUUUCCCGCCUUCUCAAGCUUACUUUAACCAGACUUGGCAUUCGAUUAUGGUUCCUCUGCUUCAGUUCUUGUCGAAAACAGGUUCUCCUUUGAUGAUGAAUCUGUAUCCUUACUAUGUUUAUAUGCAGAACAAAGGUGUGGUUCCGCUCGAUAACUGUUUGUUUGAGCCAUUGACACCGUCUAAAGAAAUGGUGGAUCCGAACACUUUGUUGCAUUACACGAAUGUUCUUGAUGCUAUGGUUGAUGCUGCUUAUGUCUCGAUGAAAAACUUAAAUGUGUCUGAUGUGGCUGUGCUUGUGACUGAGAGUGGCUGGCCUUCGAAAGGUGACUCGAAAGAGCCUUAUGCUACUAUCGACAAUGCUGAUACGUACAACUCGAAUUUGAUCAAGCAUGUGUUUGAUAGAACUGGUACUCCUUUGCACCCUGAGAUGACUUCAAGUGUCUACAUUUAUGAGUUGUUUAAUGAGGAUUUGAGGGCUCCUCCGGUUAGUGAAGCUAGUUGGGGGUUAUUCUAUGGGAACUCUACACCGGUUUAUUUGCUUCAUGUAUCUGGAAGUGGAACGUUCUUAGCGAAUGAUACAACAAACCAGACUUACUGCAUUGCUAUGGAUGGUGUGGAUGCGAAGACGCUUCAAGCUGCAUUGGAUUGGGCUUGUGGACCUGGGAGAUCUAACUGUAGUGAGAUUCAACCUGGGGAGAGUUGUUACCAGCCGAAUAAUGUGAAGGGACAUGCUUCGUUUGCUUUUAAUAGUUAUUACCAGAAGGAAGGAAGAGCUUCUGGUUCAUGUGACUUCAAAGGUGUGGCUAUGAUCACUACUACUGACCCAAGUCAUGGAAGCUGCAUUUUCCCGGGAAGCAAGAAGGUCGGAAAUAGGACACAGACAGUGGUGAAUUCGACUGAAGUUGCCGCGGGUGAAGCUACUUCAAGGAGUCUCUCAAGAGGCUUCUGUGUCACUAUUAUGAUUCUUGUAACAUUUUCCAUAUUGUAACCCUUUUCGUGAUUUUUAUUUUUGGCGAGUUACCAAUUUUAGGUCUUGAAACAUUUUAUUUUGUUAUAAUUUUGUAAUUUGUUGUUGUGGCAAUAAAAUUAAAAGAAAUGAAGUAAA